AUGCCAUCUGAUCGCAAGCAAGUUGUGGUGCUCUAUGCAGAGGCGAAGUUGCAGAAAUCUAUAGACUUACCAGGUAAUUUGACGGUUGCCAGAGCUAAGGAGGAGGGGAUGGUGGCAAUCAGAGAUCACUUGAAUAUACUUCCCGCUGUGCCGCCUGUCUCCCUGGACCCCGACUGUACCGAUUUUUACCCAGCUAUAAAGGAUGAUAAUACCAUCAUACGCAGUCUGAAGGGUAAUCUGACGAUGGUCGUGUACCCGGAGCCUCCUGAAGGACAGCGCUUGACACCCUCACCUUUUGUCGAUGCUCUUCAAUCUGCCGUUCGUGAAGUACGCGACGUCAAGGCUCAGCAAAAUACCGCAUCGUUGAUUAAAGAAGAGAGCGCCAGGUGUAAUGUCAAGCCAGCUGACAAUGACGUCCUUCUUCGUAGAUUCGAGGCAAUGGAGGAAAAAAUUGGGCGUGACAUAGCUGAGCUGAUGCGGGAAAUUGCUGGGCUGAAGCACAACGUCGAAGAGCUUGCUGGGCUGAAGCCCGCGAUCGAAGAGCUGAGGUGGGAAAAUGCUGGGCUGAAGCACGAUAUCAAAGAGCUGAGUACUCCCAGUCAAAACCUGCCAGUGGAAAAUCUACAAAAAUAG